UUCCCCUGUGCCUUUCUUGUGCUUGCUGCAUGGAACCAACGCAUGGACCUCGCAAUGACAUCUCCGUGUGAUCCAGACGUCGCGGCAGCGUCGGCGGCAGAGACGGUGGCCCCUCCCACUCCACAAGAGCCACCACCACCCGGGAACGAUCUCAUCGACAUUGCCUGCAUCCUCGAGUUCACGUCGCCGCACAAAGACGCGUUCGACGAGUUUAUCCUUGCGUCGUUCAACCGCCUUCACAUGCCGAUGGUCAAGUGUUCACGCAAAUCCCGCGUGGAUCUUGUGGAUGGCCGUGCCGUGAAGGAGAUCUGUACACAAAAGUACCGAUGCGAUCUGGGCGGCCGACCCACGCCCAAGAAGGACGGAGUCAAGACGCGACGUUCCAAAAGCAAGCGCCUCGACUGCUCGUUCAGUUUCAACGCGACGAUGCUCAAAACCACGCGGGUAUGGGGCAUCACGGUUGAAUCCAAGGCCAGGAUAUUGGGCUCGUGGGGUUCCGAGCAUCAUGGCCAUUGCCACGUGCUCGACGACCAGCAGCUGCGCGUGCGGCGGCUGGCUCCGGACGCCGCGGACGUCCCUGACGCCAACCGACUCGAUCACACCAAUGGACAGUGGGUGUUUGACAGUGUCACAUCCAGGUUGCGCCACCACCCCAAUGGCACAUCAUCUCGUCCUUCGCAUCCCCCAUCACACCAUCGCCCGUCGUCUGUGGAAGCCGUCACUACGACCAACCCCAAUCCGUCGACAGAAGACCCCGACCCGACGUCGCUCGGCAGCCUCAUGGCGCAGUCCUCGUCCAUCCUCACCGCGCUCAUGCAAGCAGAAACCCUGGAAGCGUCGGCAAAAAGCGAAGCCGUGCUGCGAUCGGUGCAUGACCACGCCAACACGUUGCGAUUGGCGCUGGAACAGCUAACCGCCACGAUCAAAGCUCAUCACACGCACAAGCAGCAGCCGUGACAUGCCACCAUAUAAUGAGCCGCAAAUAUGAUUUAAAGUUACUUGUUAGAUGGCGAUGUGAACAUCAAUGUGAUUUCACACUUUGUGUGGGGCAGUUAUUAAUAAUACAAUAUAAUUUGAGGGGUUAUGACGUGAGCUGGUCGGAAAAAGCGACGAUCCACGCUGGGUCCAUCGGGGAAAUGGCAGAAACAAGAGCAGCGCGGUGCUGUCGACAUUGAGCCAGUACGCGUU